AUGUCAAGUCUACUUCCGUCAUCAUCUCAAAUGAAUGCAAAUAUAAGUUCUGGUACAGGUACAUUACAACGUUCAUCAGUAAAUAAUGCAGCAGCUGAUGCAUUACGAAAAAAAAUGCAACAAUUACGAGAUGAACUUGAAUUAGUUAAAGAUGAUUUAGAACGUUCACGUAAAGAUUUUGAAAAAGAACGACAUGCUCGUGAAUUAGCUGAAGCUGAUGUUAGUCAAUUAACACGUAAACUUCAUUCAUUUGAAGAACAACUUGAACGUACAGAGGAACGAUUAAUGCAAACAACAAAUAAACUUGAGGAAGCAUCGCAUACAGCUGAUGAACGAGAACGAACAAGAAAAAUGUUAGAAAAUCAAUUAAAUCUUGGAAGUGAUCGUACAGAAAUUCUUGAAGUACAAUUAAAAGAAGCUCGUGCACUUGCUACAGAAUCCGAUAAAAAAUAUGAUGAAGUUGCACGAAAACUUAUCAUACAAGAUAAUGAACUUGAAAAAGCUGAAGAUCGAGCUAAACGAUCAGAAAUGAAAUGUGUUGAUUUAGAACAUGAAGUCAAAAAUCUUCAUCAUCAAUUAAAAUCAUUUUUGGCUCGUAUUGAUGAUGCUCAAAAUAAAGAACAAAGUUAUGAAGAUCAAAUGCGUCGUCUUUCUCAACAUUUAAAAGAUGCUGAAACUCGCGCUGAAUAUUCUACUAAACAAGUACAACGACUACAGCGUGAAGUGGAUUUACUUGAAGAAGAAUUACAAAGUGAACGUGAUCGUUGUAAAACUCUCCAAAAUGAAAUGGAACGUUGUUUUUCUGAUUUACAAUUACUUUAA